AGCAACUGUCGUUGUUAAAUUGCACGGGAGCGUCGCACAGGAAAAAUAGCGAAACGCGACUCUCUCUCCCUUGCUGGCUCUCGCUUUCUCUCUCCUCGGGCGAUCCAAAAUCUGCUAGGGGACUUCGUGUCCGAUGCGAUUCUGAGCUCGGGAAUCGGUGUUCUCUUUGCAGGUAAGUUAAAAAAAUGGAGCACGAGGAGACUGGAUGUCAAGCUGCCCCUGAAGGUCCUAUUUUGUGUGUAAACAAUUGUGGGUUUUUCGGAAGCGCGGCUACUAUGAAUAUGUGUUCCAAGUGUCACAAGGAUAUUAUGCUGAAACAGGAGCAGGCGAAGCUUGCUGCAUCAUCCUUUGGAAGCAUAGUCAACGGAACAUCAAGCAUCAGUGCAAAUGAGCCUGUUGUUGCGGCUGCUACUGUGGAUGUUCAACCCCAUCCAGUGGAGCCAAAAACUCUCUCUUCGCAACCAUCAUUUUCCUUUGGUUCAGGGUCGUCUGGUGAGCCAAAGCCGGAGGGCCCAAAACGUUGCAACACUUGCAACAAGCGGGUUGGAUUAACAGGGUUCAAUUGUCGGUGUGGUCACCUCUUUUGUGCAGUACAUCGUUAUUCAGACAAACAUGACUGCCCUUAUGAUUAUCGCACUGCUGGACGCGAUGCUAUUGCGAAAGCCAACCCUGUCGUAAAAGCUGAGAAGCUCGAUAAAAUCUAAGCCUGAUGCGGUGAAGUUUCAUUUUCGAAAUUGAUGCUUGUUUUCAUCCACGAGAUGGCUUCAGAGUUUGCAGCGGUAUCUUAGCACUUGCCGUUUAAUAAUGUUAAUACCUACGGGGGUGCCAAGGCGAUCUAGGCAUCUCUGCACUCUGAAGAACUCUCUAUUUGUUGUGAUUGGGAGAACUUUAUGUGUUGCCUCGUGUCUUUUAAGUUGUACUCUGCCGGUUUGGUGGACAUGGUUGGGGUUAAUCUUCGUAAUGUGUCCACGCGCUGUUUAUAUCGCAUUUCUUUCUUCUAGUACAUGUCACUGGAUCUUGUAUUGUAAAGUAUUGAUGUGGUUUCCAUGCAUAAAUCUAUUUACCCUCCCUUUCUGGUC